UGUAAACAGGUCUGGUUGAAUUAAUUUCACUAACUGGUUUAGCUAUAUUAAAUCAAUGGUGAACUUAUCCUGACGUACACUGACGUCAAUCUUUAAAAUCUAUACGUCAUAAAUUAAAUUUAAAUGUGUAAGUAAAUGUAUUCAAUUUUUUUGAAAAUUUACAAUAUUUUUUAGUAUUGAAACCGAAAAUCUUGACCACCUUCCUCUCCUUACACUAAAUCUAAAUUAUUAGUUAUUAGGUAAAUUACAUGAGGACGAAUGCCAUUAUUUAUCGAAUUUUACGAAUGUAUCCCUAAAUCGAUUCCUAACCUGAACCCUAAAUCGAUCCCUAUGCCUAACCUGAACCCUAUUUCACUGUAACUAUAAUAAACAGCCAAUUAUUAACAGGUGUCUAAAAGACAUAAUUUAUCAUGCAUUCGUCAUUCAUUGAAUUUCAUACCUGGGACGGAAAAAAUCAGACUCUUAUUACUAGUCUUAUCCUAUAUUCAAGCAACAGCUGCUAUAUUUUUACAGCUUGUUAAUAGUUAAUGAGUUUGCCGACCACUGGCACGAUGGAAUAUGCUUCGGAGGACGAAAUCCACAUGGAAAGCUCCACGCCGCUGGAUAACCCAAGGGGGCAUCAUUGGAUGAUACAGCUUGGCACCAGUGACAUCGCAGGAGUUGUCGGAAUGUUUCAUCAUACCAAUGUUAUCCGCCAUUCGGGACUCCAUCUCCGGGUUUGAUUUCAGAGUUUCCUUCUCUUAAAUCUUAAAUGAGUUGCCAUCUACCCGGGGUGCUGGUGGUGUAAUUGCUUGACUGGGCUAUGGCUGGAAUUGAACUCCAAAUCACCAACUUGAGAUUUUCUCAGUAUACACCACUCAGCCACCCAGCACCCAAGUUCUUCUCUACUACUGCUAGCUAGUCUAUUUUUGGACUUUCAGAGUUUCGAGAUGAAUAUUGUAGAAUUUUUUAAUAAUGGGCAUUUUUUCCAUAUAUUAAGUGGCAACAUUUUUCAACUUGUCCCCAGGUGCCGUAUUUCCUCGGCAUGCUUUGGUUUCCUUACAGGAUUGCCUCAAAAUAUUGCCUCAUAAUUUUAUUUCCCCUUUUAUUUUAAUGUGAUAUCUAGCGGUUGUUAAGCAAAAAGUUGAGUGACUACUGUUUGCAGUUACUAGAUUUUUAACCAGCCCUUUAUUUUAUUUUUAAUGUAUUCACUAUUUUAAAUUGUAAUUGUUAGAAUUUAACAAAGGCGCCUGGUGAAAAACUAAAUUUGUCAUAAGCACCGGGAAUAAAAAAAUUUGAGGAACCACUGGCCUAGCCGAAAAGGGGGAGGAUGGGGUACGUCACAUGCAUGUUGAACAUACAGUGGACAAAUGUCAAUUAAAGCUAUGUGAACAGAUCAAAUGUUGAGGCAUUUUGAGUAGCACAUAUUUUAUCUUUUUUCAGUCCAUUUACUAUUUUAAUGUUUUUUUUUUUUUUUAAAAAGGGCUAGUUAGGGAAUUUUAAAAAAAAAUGAUAUUAGAUUUUUGAGAAAUAAUAUGAAAUCACAAUAUUUGCUUGUAAAUAAAAUGUAUUGAUUGUGAUUUAUUUUUAGUAUUAAGCUUUUGUUAAUGCUUAAGCACCUGAUGAAGGUCUGUUUUUUUUUCUCUCACUAUGUGUAAUGUAAACUAUCCUGGUUCAAGUUUACGUAGCUGUUGUCUACAUUUUUUCUGAUCUUUUUUAGUCAAAUUGGAGAUGGACAAUGCACCCCCCAGCGAUAAUAAAAGUACUCUUGCACUGAAGCGUUUAUUACACAAGUACUUUAAAAAAUUAAUUGCAGGUAAGAUCUGAGAUCUUUGAAUCCUGGCAGACAUUUUAAAAUGGUGCAUCGUGUCUGCUUUUAAGUUUCAGUUUGUGGACAUGAAGGCUAAUGGCAUGCUCAUUUCAUAACUUUGUCAGCUUGACACGUUUGCCAGAAGGCACAGAACUCAGCAUGCAGACUCAUUUUUAAAUCAAAGAAACAUGACCACAUUCAACCACACAUGCGGCAACUCCACUGGCUUCCAAUAUCCUCUCGCAUCAAAUACAAGUCUGCCAAUCUUUGCUUCAACUCGUUCACUGACCCUCACUUUCCUGUCUAUCUCUCUGAACUGUUGCUUCCUUACAUCCCCACAAGACAACUACGUUCUUCCAUUGACAGUAGAACCCUCUCAAUCCCAAGAACUAAAACUAAGACCAUCGGUGAACGCUCCUUCUGCUUCCAUGGGCCCACGUUCUGGAACCAGCUCCCCUUCCAUAUACGUCAUAGUGAAACCUCGUCCAUUUUCAAAAAGUCCCUUAAAACUCAUCUGUUUAGGUCCGCCUAUGACCUGUGAUGCACCCUCCUUGCCCUACCUCAUUUUCUGUUUCGGGUUGAUCCUGAAGUGUCAAAGUGUCCUCGUUUUAUAGCCAUUUUCAUUGUUUCUAUAGAAUAGUAGUUACUAUCCUAGUGUCUCAUUUGUAUUUACUUAGUUUACAUGUUUUAAUAAAUGUAAAGCGCUUAGAGCUUUAUGAAAAUGCCUAAAUAAAUAAAUACUUGCAUUUUAAUUUUUGUAAAGGAACAAUCGUUUCUGUGAACUAAAGUUCUUUCAUUACAAAAUAUUUCAUGUGAGCUUUUAACAAAUAAAAUCUUUUAUUUAAAAGAAAUUCGAAAUAAAAAAUUUAAAUUUUUAAGUUAAUUUAGCAUCCAAGAAGAAAUGUAUGAUGAAAACAUUUUAUUUUAAGCAUUGCUAAACUUGGAGUUGGUUGCUAAAAAAUAUUUAUAAUCAUCUAGGUUUGCCACUUUUGGAAACUGCAGAGAUUAACAGCAGGAAGCAAGUUUCAUCUCUGGCUAACUUUCUGGAGCUAUACGAGUCGCUUACCAAGCUGGACACUAGAGGCAUGACCCUCGUCUCCGUCUUUCCAGAUGUUCAAGCCAAAAUGAUGGUUAAACUAUCGGCAGAGGUUGAUGCUAAAGUAGAUGGUCUAAAUGAUCUCAUGUAAGUGCUCUCAUUAAAGUGUUAACAUUAUGUGUAACUAUGAACCACCUGUGAUGUCACACUGCCACCUGUUUCAUCAAAAUUCAUUUUUGUAUUCGCAGCUUAAUUUUCAAAGAACAGCAUGACUUGGCCUACAAAACCAGGACCGAUGCAUUCAAUCUGUGCAAGUCCAAUAAGAACUCCCUCAGCCCUGAAUUAAUGAUGACAGGACAACCUACCGUUCCCCCAGUUUCUUCUAUGCUGUUUCACUUAGAUGAAGUUGAAAGGCACCUACGUGAAAUGUAGGCCAUUGUAAACAAGUUUAUUUAUUGUAACUUUUAAAGUAAAACUUUCCCUACGUCCAACUGGGAAGUAAGACAAAGAGGAACUUCAGUUACAUCAUGUAUGAAGUAAAAAAUGUUAUGCAGAGCAUAUGUUUAGAAAAUAAAUUAAAGAAAUCGUUUUAGGCACACAACUAUUUAAAAGUAAACACCAUUAAUUUAGUUUUUCGGUUUAAAACGUCUAUUGCACAUUUACAGUUACUGGUCACGCAAGUUCUACCUGGAAAAUAUACUGGACAAGGAGGUUGUUAACUCUGAAAACCUGGUAACCCUGUGGUCUGAGGAUAUUGCAACUCUGUUGAAUACAAUAAAAGGUGAGUUAGUAUCUAGAUAUGUUGCAUUAAAAUGGAUUAGCCUACAGUGCUGUGCAGGACUCAAGAGGCAGCGGUGGGCCGAGUGGUCUAAACUGAGCAAAUUUCAAGUUGAUGGUCGGAAUUCAAUUCCACCCAAAAGCCCAGUCAAGCAAAAAAAAAACAACCUCACCAGCACCCCGGGUAGAUGGGACUCGUUAACCUUGGUCGGCAACUCAUCUAAGUGAAGGAAACUCCAAAUUUAAACCUGGAGAUGGCGUCCCAUACAGGCGGCAAAACAUCCAAACAAUGAAUCAUUCCGACAACCCCUGCGACGCCCGGGCGCCAUCACUGAGCGCAGUCAGCAUGCUAAAAUAGCAUGGAUACUUAGCGCUAUAUAAGUAUUCAAUCAAUCAAACAUUCAGAAAAUGAAGAAUUACUGGACAAUAAAAUAAGUCACCAAAAGGGUGAAAUUUAAUUGUCACACCAAAUGUAAAAAAAAAAGGAGUUUUCUUUUGGCUUGGGAGUGGAUUUUUGCAUUGUUAUUUUUAACGUUGUGUUGAGUACUAACUAGAGGUUUUAAAGAUUUUAUUUUUAAGUCAUUGUACAUAAAAGAGAGAUUUAAUGGACCAUAGUACUAUCAUGGACAGUAUAAAGUCAAAUAAAUAAUUUUUUCAUGUGGAAAUUAAAUCCUAUUUAUUAAUUUAUUGUCAUAUAUUUUUUUCAGAUUGUGAAGAACAGACAAGAUUUUUCCUAGAAGAAAAGAUAUGAUACUCUUGGUGAUUAAAAACUUCUACAGAUACCAGUGUUGUAAUUACUUCAAAAGAAAACAUGCAGCCAUUUAUGAUAAGGGGUGUCCCUGAAUAUUCAGGCCCGAGGAUAUGAGUCACAUUCACUGAGUUGAACUGUUGCUGUCACCACUGUAGAGUAUGUGGAGUCACAUUCACUGAGUUGAACUUUUCCUGUCACCACUGUAGAGUAUGUGGAGUCACAUUCACUGAGUUGAACUUUUGCUGUCACCACUGUAGAGUAUGUGGAGUCACAUUCACUGAGUUGAACUUUUGCUGUCACCUAUGCGGUGUAUGUAUGGCACUGGUGAGACCAUCAACAAUAAACAAACAAUUUCAUGCAGCACAAUUUUGAUGACUGAGUUUUAAGAGCGCAUCUUGGUUAGUAUUGUGAUGAGACACAAGAAAACGUUCGUCCUUUGUUCCUAGCUGUAUUUUGCACAUCUUGUUAUGACCUGUUUAGGGGAGAAAGGUUGGUGUUUGUUUUUUUUUGUUUUCUUUUGUUAGCAUGACAGACAGAAGGCAAGCUGAGUAAAGACAUUGGAGUAGGGACAGUCAAGUUAAGGUAGUCAAGUUAAGACGGUCAACUUAAGACGUCAAGUUAAGACUGUCAAGUUAAGGCUGGCAAGUUAAAACAGCCAAGUUAAGACAGUCAAUUUAAGAUAGUUAAGUUGAGACAGUCAAGUUAAGGCAGUCAAGUUAAUUUUGAAUUGGGAGCCUUGGACAGUAUAGUGUUGGGGUGACACAUGGAUAGUUAACAUAUAGUUGCUGUUGAGGGAUACAGAGUUAAAGAAAUUGACAGAACAACUCAUUUUUGUUCAGUAAUAAAUACAUAAUUCAUUUUCACAUGAAACUGUCCUCUUUGAUACUACAUUUCAGUGCUAUUUUUAUUUAUUUCUAUUUUUACUGUUGUUUGUUCACUGAUGAAGGCUUCUUGCCGACACGUUCGUUGUUCUGUUACGUUCUUUUUUUCAGGUUUUCCCAUACUUUGUUUUGCUCAUUUCCAUGUUUGUAUUUGCAGGAAUAAUUUCAUUAACAUUGCGUAUAUUUCUAAGACAAUAUGUAAAUAUACUUGUCAAUGGGCUAUGCCUUAUAAAACUUGAAACCCUUUGAAUCGUACUGAUAUCUACCAUCUUUUUUCAGUUAAUGUGUAUUGGCUUGUGUUGCUUAUGGUUGAAACGGCAUGAAAGACUUUGACUUGGUUUGCUCGUAUGUAGUUUUAUAUUGUUGCGUCUGUUUUUUAUAUGUGGUAAAUUUUAGAUUGCUUUUUAUUUCUCUUUUUUAUAUGGUUGACUUUGUACCGCGCUUCGAGCUUUUGGGGAUGAAGCGUAAUUUUCAAAUAAACUUUAUUAUUAUUUAUUACUAUUAUGUACUCAGACUUUAAUGUGAGUUAUUUUUUUGACUACUGAUAAAUGGAAUUAAAAAUUAUUUAGGAGCACAUACAUAUUUCUGACUUUGAUAUUUUGAACCAAUCUAAUAUAUAUGGAUAAAGACAUGAUUUAAUUUACCAUUUCACCUUUAUUUUUAUGUACUUAAUAGCAGUGCAAUUAAGGCCCAUGCGUACAAUGGUUUAGAACCCAUGUUUUAAAUAAUACAAUUAAUUUCAUGCCAUUAAGAAAUGUUGAAUAUUUGUUAUUGAACAGUCAAAAUAUUAAACAUAUCA